GGAUUGGCCAUCAGGCUGGCUUCUAAUCCCAUAUCCAGGGAGGUGCCAGCUUUGCUCAGACUGUGUGCCUACUGACACAAACUACUUGUACCUGCGGACACUCUACAGUGCUGACCCCAACUGGAUUUUGUAACCAGAAACGGUGUGAAGAUGGCAAGCACAUUCACCAAGAUGUUGUCGGGCCGUACCACUGGCUUACUCAUUGCAAGUCUAGGAGCUGGCGCCAUGGCGACCGGUUACUUGAUGAGUGACAGUGCCACUAUCUCUGCAGAGCAGAGGAGGAAACUCUACCCUCCCAGUGCUGACUUCCCUGACCUUCGCCAGCACAACAACUGUAUGGCCAGUGCACUAACACCUGCCAUCUAUGCCAAGCUGAGGGACAAGAUCACCCCAAACAACUGGACUCUUGACCAGUGCAUCCAAACUGGUGUGGACAACCCUGGUCAUCCCUUCAUCAAAACAGUGGGGAUGGUUGCUGGUGAUGAGGAGAGCUAUGAGGUGUUUGCUGAACUCUUUGAUCCAGUAAUCAAGAACAGACACAAUGGCUAUGACCCAAAAACCAUGAAGCAUCCUACUGACCUUGAUGCCUCCAAGAUCACAUCAGGCAUGUUUGACGAGCGCUACGUUCUGUCCUCCCGUGUGCGCACUGGCCGCAGCAUCCGUGGCCUUAGUCUGCCCCCUGCCUGCAGCCGCUCUGAGCGUCGUGAGGUGGAGAGGGUGGUGAUCCAAGCCUUGUCUGGACUGAAGGGAGAUCUGUCUGGACGUUACUACAGCCUCACUGAAUUGGCUGAACAUGAGCAGCAGAGACUUAUCAAUGAGCAUUUUCUCUUUGACAAGCCUGUGUCUCCACUGCUCACUUCAGCUGGGAUGGCCAGGGACUGGCCUGAUGCUCGUGGGAUCUGGCACAACAACGAGAAGACCUUCUUAAUAUGGGUCAAUGAAGAAGACCACACCCGUGUCAUCUCCAUGGAGAAGGGUGGCAAUAUGAAGAGAGUGUUUGAGAGGUUCUGCCGAGGACUCAAACAGGUGGAACAACUUAUUCAGGAGAGAGGCUGGGAGUUCAUGUGGAAUGAACGUCUUGGCUACAUCCUGACUUGCCCAUCCAACCUGGGUACCGGUCUCAGGGCUGGAGUACAUGUCCGCUUGCCAAAGCUCAGCAAGGACCCUCGAUUUGGCAAGAUCCUGGAUAACUUGCGGUUGCAGAAGCGUGGCACUGGCGGAGUUGACACGGCAGCUGUGGGCGACACCUUUGACAUCUCAAACCUUGACCGCCUAGGCAAAUCUGAGGUGGAACUGGUGCAGUUGGUAAUUGAUGGUGUCAACUACCUUAUCGAGUGUGAGAAGAGAUUGGAGAAGGGCCAGGAUUUUAAGAUCCCUGCACCCAUCCAACAGUUCAGGAAGUGAGCAAUGCACCUCUGAUAAAGGCCGGACCCAGUACAACAAAGAUAACCAUGGGCACUCCUUCCACCAAUCCCAAAAACAGAAGGUCUUAUACAUGUACCAAGCUCAAUAAAAUGAACCCUUAAACUAUAAAUGUUUAUUCAUUCAUUCAUUGACUGCUCAAAAUCCAAAAUUAUUGAAGUAGACUUGCAUGCAAUUUUGUUCAAGUACUCACUUUAUAUUUCUGUCAGAAGCAUUCUACUCCUUGAAGGUAUUUACCAGCAGGGUACCACUAACAGUAGUGACACAGCUACUGUCCAUCUCAGAGAGUAAUGGGUUCAUUGUAACAAAAGUGAGCCAAGCUUCUAGUGGCAGGACACACAUCAAACCAAGACUGUCUUGUUUCAAAUGUCUUACUAACUCCAACCCUGUGAGACUUUCUUCCAUGGAAUACAAAAGGAGAUCUUAGGCAAGCUGUUAGUCUUAGUUAUCCUUCAUUUCCACUGCAUCUUUUGGUGGUUGAGGCUGUUAGUCCCUAACACUAUGCAAGUACAGAAUUUUCAUUUAACCUUUAGGAGUUUGAACUUCACUGUUUGUUUCACAAUCAUCAGUCAGUUAAAAUUACAAUCUUGUUAAAUAAAAAUGCUAAUCUUUGUAAACACUGUAUUAUUAAAAGCACUUUUGUUU